GCCAUCCAUGAUCAUAAGCACAGCCUCGGCUAGUUUGGACAUGUUCCCACACGCCCACGGCGACCAUGGAAGGUCACCGAGGCAGCCAAAGGACAAGCGAUGGAUCUCUGUCGCCUCUGCCAGGGAUUCAGCCUCUACGAGCUGACCCGUCUCCCCGGACGCACCGGCAACCUCGACCUGACGAUUGCCCGCCAGAACGUCGCAGAGGGGUGCCGCUUUUGCUCGCCGCUGGUUACCUCUGUCCGCAAGGGCCAGCUACACCCCGAAUCCGAGCGACAGAUGCGCAUAUACAUCCAAGCCAUCUCUGAGCCGCACACCGGAAACGGUGACCACCAGCGGGACGGCGCCCUUCUCAUCAAUGGCCUGCGCGUGUUCCUUGCGCCGGCGAUGUACCUAGCCGACGGUCUGGAGCCGGUUGCGGGGUCGCAGGCGACGCUCAACGGGGGCGUCAAUCUUCUCCCCCAUUCUAACUGGGGCGUGUCAGAAAGCGACGCGGGGACGUCCGGGGCAGUGUCGGGCCGCUACGUCGGACACGACCCGCAGUCCACAACCUUCGCGCGCGAGGUGCGCCACUGGCUCGACGCCUGCAGCCGCGGCCACGAGCGCUGCCGCCGCUCCCUGUCGGGCGGCGAGCUGCCCGACGCCAGGCGCAGCCCGCUCCCUACGCGCUGCGUCGACGUCGGCUCCCUUGGCGACGGCGACGCCCUGCGCCUGGCCGACACGGCCGGGCAGACGGGCGCUUACGCGACGCUCAGCCACCGCUGGGGAGCCGACACGGCGCUCUCGCAGACCACGGCGCUCAACCGCGCGGCCCGGGCCGACGGCUUCUCCGCCUCGGGGCUGCCCAAGACGUUCCGGGACGCCGUCGACGUCGCCCGCCGCCUGGGCGUCCGCCACCUGUGGAUCGACUCGUUAUGCAUCAUCCAGGGCGAGGGGGGCUCGGACGACUGGGCGCGCGAGGCCGGCCGCAUGGCGGGCUACUACCAGGACUCGCUGGCGACGCUAGCCGCGGCAGCCGAAGGCGGCGGGCUGUUUGAACCAGGCCGGACGAGCAGCAGGCACCCCGUGGCGCCGCGCUUCGAGGCCGAGGUGCGCGACAGCGCGCUGAUGAGCCGCGGCUGGAUGUUCCAGGAGUGGAUGCUCAGCCGGCGCAUCGUGUACUUCGCCGGGCUGGGCGUCUACCUAGAGUGCCAGAGCGACCAGCCCCGCAACUCGUACGGUGAGUGCCUCGCGUGGCCGGCCGGGAGAGUCGCAAGCGACGAGUUUGCGCUCAAGGCCCUUGUCGAUUUCUCGACCGCGGGGCAGGAGCACGGGCGCCUUUGGUGGGACCUCGUCGAGACCUACUCGGCGCUCGAGCUCAGCUUCCCGGCCAAGGACCGCCUGCUCGCCCUCUCGGGCGUGCUGGCCGAGUUCUCGCUGGCUCGAAGGGCCCAGCUCGCCACGCCCGGCCACGAUCUGUACGCCUCCGGGCUGUGGCUGAGCAACCUGCACCAGAGCCUGCUGUGGCAGCAGAAGCACAGGCCGCUCCCGGGCGCCACCGCCAGGAUCAGAAACAUGCCCUCGUGGUCCUGGGCGUCAUUUCAGGGCCCCGUGACGUGGAAGAUACUCAGGGGUUUUCGGGAAGUGAGCAACCUGUGCGAAGUCCUAGAAAUUGGUGAUAAAAGCUCCACUGUCGGGCCGGACGUUGUCCGCACGCACGCCGAGGCCGACGCGGCCAUCACGCGCAUCCGCCUGAGGUGCCGCGCGCUAGCCGUCACUGCGUGGGAGAAGUAUACCCCCCACGAGCUCGACCGCCUGCCGGUCCCCAUCUCAUACGCCACGACCGAUGGGGUUGGCCUCCGGAAGGUAUCUCUGGCACCACCCGCCAGCGGCGGCGGCACCAUCCUGAGCACGCGCCACGUGUGCGGCUGGGCCAGCUUCGAGGACGCCGGCUUCCAGAACCAGCGUGACUUUGCAGACGGCGGAGAGACGCUCGCGCUGCACGUGCUCAGCUCCCGAGCGCUCGACGGGCCCAUAGACCGCGGGCUGUUCUUCCGCUGGCAGCCGGCGCACUGCGUCGUUCUGGUGCGGCGGGUUGAGGGCGGCGAGGGCGGAUUACCCGAAUAUCGCCGCAUCGGCAUGGGCGCCCUGUGGGAUGGGCCGGAGCCGGCAGUGCUAAAUAAGGCAGAUAUCCGAGAUUUAUGGCUGGUCUGA